AUGUCUGUACCUGGCAUAUUUCUGAAAGCCGAUCUCUUUGGGAAUGGAGAGAGGAAGGAUGACCAGCACGGCAGUAACAACGAUGGUAAACUUUCGGUCUGUGUACCAAAAACCACCAGUGGAACCAUCUGGAUCAUGGUUGACUGCAGCGAUCACUGUGACAGGGAGCAGAGAGAGAUGAUGCAUCACUCCUGCGGUUACUCCUCCUGCCAUGUUGAAAGCUGCAGGGAAAUUCAACAGACCUGCUCCCAGUGCUGCAUUCACAACAAUGAAGACGGCCCCUAUGGACGACACGCCCCGGCUACUACUUUCGGCUUGCUCAGGGUGCCGGACAGAGUCCACACUGGGGCUCUGCAGGAGCCACGCUCUUUCUCCAGAGUCAUUACUGACACCGCCCCAGUCCUCAAUAUCGGUGUUAAUCGCCAUGAGAAGAGACCUGCCACCAGCUGUUCCCUCAUCUUAAUGAUGCGGUUGGCCAUAGUGUGGACCUCUUCCAGCCUGCGAGCGGAAGUCAAGCGGGCAGCGUUCAGAACACAUGGAGCGCAGAUCCGGCGUGUUGAGAAUGGUCGCGGCGAUCCUAGCACCGUUCAUAGGGGGGUUGGAGUAAAUGGGCCUGAUGAGGAUCUUGAGCUGAGACUCCACCCUCUUUGCCUCUUCUGCGUCGUUGCACACGAUGGUGAAGCCUCCCACGCGCUCACCUGCCGGCAUCAGAAGGGAGAAUCCCAUGUUCUUAGCAAAAGACUGGGACAGCAGGAUGUUGUGGCCCUGUUCAAUGAAGUAGCGAACGGCCCAGGCGUCACGGUCAAUGUCUCCGCUGGCAAAGCCUUGACGACACAGCAACGCGGCUCAUCCAAGUGCUCCCACGCCCGAUUCCCACUCACCUUCACCACCUCUGAGAUCUCCUUCCACUGCUCGGGCUUGGGGUCCACACCGGCCUCGGUCACCCCCAGGAUGGGAUCAGGGGGGCCCAUCUGA